UGUGGAAGACACUUGUGGCGAAGGCAAUUGCGAAUCAGUCAGGUGCCAACUUUAUUUCUAUUAAGGGACCCGAAUUAUUAAACAAGUUUGUUGGUGAAAGUGAGCGGAGUGUCCGAAUGGUGUUUGCUCGCGGACGUGCGAGUGCUCCUUGUGUUCUGUUUUUUGAUGAGCUGGAUGCGCUAGCACCUCGUCGGGGGUCUGACCGUGCGAACCCAAGUAGCGAGCGUGUAGUGAACCAAUUGUUAACGGAAAUGGACGGUAUAGAGAGAAGGGAGGACGUGUACGUCAUUGGUGCGACCAACCGACCCGAUAUGAUUGAUCCUGCCAUGCUGCGUCCAGGGCGUCUGGACAAGCUCCUCUAUGUUCCCCUUCCCUCCGUCGAGCAGCGUUUUUCCAUUUUGGCAACACACGCUCGCCGCUACCCGAUUGACGCCUCGGUGGACCUGAACCGCAUUGCUCAUGACCCACGACUUCAGGGGUUCAGCGGAGCAGACUUGGCAGCUCUCGUGCGGGAGGCCUCACUGCAUGCCUUGAAGAAACUGUACCGCUCCACCACCGCGGAGGAGCUGGACUUGCUGGAGCGGAAUCUCGGUGGAGAAAACAUCGAAAAGACACUGCUGCCUUCUGUGUGCGAAGAGGAUUUUGAGGCCAGUUUGCAGAAGGUUAGGCCCUCUGUUUCUGCGGAGGAUCGGGAGAGCUAUGAGUUGCUGCACCGGCAUAUCAUACAGUCAGCGAGGUCUACGGGAUGA